AUGGCAGCGGCAUGGACAAGAACGGCUCUGCAAAGUCCCCCUCCCUUCACCUCCUCACGUCAGACAGUCACGAUCACCACGCUGCUCUCAAGGAACUCCAACAACAACUCCAACAACCUGGCCGCCUUUGCACGCCGACCCCCAUGCGACUCUCUCUCUCUCUCUCUCUCAAUCCAGCCCGACAUGUGUGUGUGUGUGUGUGGGGUGUACCUGUUGAAAUCAAAAAAAAAGUUGUUGUUGUUGUUGUUGUUGCUACUCCUCUCUCUCUCUCUCUCUCUCUCUAACUCGCUCUCUCUCUCUCUCUCUCUCUCCGUUGCUGCUGUUGCUUGA